AUGAAUAUCGAAGAUAUAAUCAAAGAAAACAAUGAGUUACUCAAUUAAAUGCACAAUGAGAAUUAGCCUUAAUCUAUGGACAACUAACUCACUUAAAUGAGAGAACAACUAAAUUAUCUAUAAUAAAUCGAUAUCAAAAGAUAAGCAAGGUAUGAUUAAUUAGUUAACCAAUCUUCCAAAUUGCAACAACUCUUUAUAGAAUUAAUGAACUUUGUGAAUGAUUCUCAAAUAAAAGGAAACUAGUUCAAUACAAUAAUUCGUUAAUAUAAUGAAUUAUCAUUCAGAUCUGCUGUUGCGAAUGAAAAGUCCCCUUGCAAACCAAGUACUCCUUUAAAAAAAUAAAAUAAUUACAUGGCAACUCAUAAUAAAUUUUGA